AUGCAGAGCCGCGCCCUGCUGCUGGGCAUCUGCCUCUGCGCAGCCGCCGCACUCGCUGCCGCCCAAGAUGACAGCAACUUUUGCGCCAGCGUGGCCCCCGAAAACCCCGGCAGCGCCUGGGAGUGGGUUUCGGACAUGGAUGAGGCUGGGGGCAUGGUGUUCCCUGAGGAGGUGCUGAACGCUACCGUGGCGUACUUUGAUGAAAUGUACGUGCCCGGCAUGGGACUGGAGGCCGACAAGCGUGACAUCCGCGACCAGUGGGUGCCCUGCACCGAGGAGGACCGCAGCCUCACCGCCAUGGGCUGCGUCACGGGGACUGAGUCUGGCGGCGAGGUGUACAACGUGCGCCUCAUGAUUCUGUGCGACCACAUUGACCACAACGACACAGCCAUCGUCACAGCCCUGGUCACCCUGCCCGCCAACGGCACCGAGGGCGUGGAGCUGACUGAUGUGGAGCUGGAUGUGGAUGAGUCGCACACAGAGCUGCCCAAGUGCACCACCGCCUUCUGCACCGACUGCAACCGCGUGGUGGCGGUGGAGGGGGAGGUGCCCGACAAGGAGAUCUGCAAGACGUGCGUGGAUGGCUACGCGCCAGACAGCGCAGGCGUGUGCCAGCGCCUCAACUCCACCGCCUCCCGCAAGCUGCUGUACACCCCCGACGACAAGAGCUGCCCUGUUGGGGAGUACCUCUACAAGGGUACCAUCCAGGGCGGCUGCGGCGCGUGCACGCGGCCCGGCUGCGUCGAGGGCGAGAUGUCCAAGACAGAGGGCGUGCCCACAGACUGUGUGUGGUGCUACACCACCACUCAGGGCAACUGCCCCCGGGUGGGGCCCGGCGCCAAUCAGUGGUGCCGAUCCUGCACCUAUGGAUACUUCUGGCAGGACCAGGGCUGCAACCAGUGCGAGGACUACGUUGCCAACUGCGCCGACUGCCAGCCCUGCUCAGACGGCAAGGCGUGCCAUGGCGGCACAGUGUGCGUCCAGUGCGAGGUUGGAUACACGUUCAGGGGUGACGGCUAUGGGUACUGCGUGCCGGAGUGA